ACGAAAAAUACGGAGGCGGUUUCUGUUAUAAAUGCCACAUGCUCCUCCGUCUCUCCGUAACAACUACCCACCAAUCAAACCAACCUAACAUGACCGAAGCUCUCAACAACGAUUAUCAAGUCUGCGAGGAGAUCGGCCGAGGUCGCUUCGGGAUCGUCUACCGCUGUUACUCCACCGUCUCCGGAGACUCCUUCGCCUGUAAAUCCAUCGACAAGCGCCUCCUCGCUGACCCAACUGACCGUGAGUGCCUCCAGAAAGAACCUAAAAUCCUCCAUAUUCUCGGCGGAAACUCUAACAUCGUCCAGAUCCAUCGUCUCUACGAGGAAGAAAAUUACCUUCACAUGAUUAUUGACCUCUGUGACACUCCUGACCUCUUCGAUCGUAUAUCCAAACGUGCCGAAGGGUUUUCCGAGACCGAAGCGGCUUCGAUUUUCUCGCCGUUGAUGCUGUCGAUUAGUUAUUGUCAUCGUUUGGGUAUUGCGCAUCGGGAUAUUAAGCCGGAUAAUGUUUUGUUCGAUUCUAGAGGGAAGUUGAAGCUGGCGGAUUUUGGAUCGGCGGAGUGGUUUGGGAUGAAUGAGAGGCGGACGAUGACUGGAGUGGUAGGGACGCCUUACUAUGUUGCGCCGGAGGUUUUAUCUGGGAGGGAGUACAAUGAGAAGGUCGAUGUGUGGAGUGCUGGUGUGAUUUUGUACAUAAUGUUGGCUGGAGUUCCUCCGUUUUACGGUGAAACACCGGCUGAGACUUUCGAGGCUGUUUUGCGCGGAAAUUUACGGUUCCCUACAAGGAUUUUCAGGUCUGUUUCGCCGGAAGCCAAGGAUCUGCUGAGGAAGAUGUUAUGCAAAGAUGUUUCCAGAAGAUUAUCUGCAGAGCAAGUCCUGAGGCACCCGUGGGUUGUAAGUGGUGGCGAACCCCGAUCUAUGGCGGAUCUAACCUGAGAAGAAAGCCAUUUUCAACUCCUGGCCAGAAUCAACAAGCGUUUUUUCAUCUGUUGAUUUUAAUCCGUGAUGAGUCAACAGAAAGAAAGAGAGAGAGCGAAAGUUCAAUGAAUCUUUUAAGUUGAGGAAGUCUGCAUUUUCUUUGCCUUUUUUUCUUUUUGUUUUUGGUCUUGUAUCAAGAUGAAUGAUCAGAAUGAAUCAUCUAAGUAAAGAGUUUUGUAUAUAUAGUGAAGAGAAAAUAGAGAGGCUAUGAUAAAUAAGGCGUUGAUGUAAAUGUUCAUGGCCGAUGAUGAGAAAUCAGAGAGAUGAUAGAUGUAAUCCUUUGUUUUCCUUCAUCUGGUUUUGUUUGCCCUGGAUAUGAAUAAUAGACUUGUAAUUCCUAUGAACUUGUUGUUGUGAAAGGG